CUCCCUAAGCCCCGCCCCCCGCCACGUCCCGCUCGGGCUUCGCUCCCGCUCCCGAUCCCGCUCCCGAUCCCGAUCCCGAUCCUAAUCCCGGUCCCGGCCCGGCCCCGCCCCGCCGGGCCAUGGCGUUCACGCUGUACUCGCUGCUACAGGCCUCGCUGCUCAUCGUGAACGCCGUGGCCGUGCUGCACGAGGAGCGCUUCCUGCGGCACGUUGGCUGGGGAACUGACCAAGGGAUUGGAGGAUUUGGAGAGGAACCAGGAAUUAAAGCACAGCUAAUGAACCUUAUUCGAUCAAUACGAACUGUCAUGAGAGUGCCAUUAAUAGCACUGAACUCCAUUACAAUCGUUCUCCUCCUUUUGUUUGGCUGAAGACACCUCGUGAAAAUCCUCUGGGCAUCCAAAGAAGCCAGUUGCUGACCAUCACUGCUCUGAGUUUUCUGGGAUCCAGCACAGUUUAGCUCUCAAUUCGACAUCCAACUUAAAAUAAUAAAGACACUAUUUCUAUUCAUCCUAUUUCCCCAUGUUCCCUUUCAGUUUCAUUAACCAAGAUCACGGGGAUCAAUGCAACAAUGCUGCAAAUAUGUUGGACUGUGACAAGUUCUGUUGCUGCCUGUUCAUAGUGUUGAUGUCAUAGAAUAUUGCAGUGACUGUUAAUAUAAGAUGCAGUUUUUAAAUGUCUCGUUACUCAGGGAUGAAUUUCCUUCAGUACGCUUUCCAAUUUGUUUUUAAAUUGAGGAAAACAGCAAUGUUUUGGUGUGGUUUUUUUUUUUCUUUUUUUGAUUUCAGUUACUACCACAGCACUGUUUCAUAGAAUAUGAACACGUUAUUGAGAAUUCAAUUCACGUUAUAGGGGACUGAAGUCCAGUUGUGAUAUGGAGAUAAAACCAGCUGGGUAAAGUUCUCGUUCUGGCUCACACUGAAAGUGGAAUUUUCCUGGUUUGAUUGAGAACAGGAUUUUUCUCUUCAGAUCUCUUCAGUAGUUCAUGCUGAUGGUAAAGUCAGCAUGUUGAAAGUAGGUGCAAUUGUUGUGCAAAAUCAAAAAAAAAAAAAAAAAAAAAAAAAAA